GAGCGGCGCAGGGGCGGGCACUUCUGGCAGGUUGUGGGCGCUGUGAAAGCUCCGGUCCAGGGCUGAGAAGCCGGAAACGUCAGCGACCGGCCGCACCGCCGCCGCCACCGCCGCGGCCCUGCCUUGUUCUCUGCUGAAGGCGCGCCGCCAGCGCAGACAUGGCCAAGUGGGGCCAGGGGGACCCUCGCUGGAUCGUGGAGGAGCGGGAGGACGGGACCAAUGUGAACAACUGGCACUGGACAGAGCGAGAUGCCACCAGCUGGUCUAAGGGGAAGCUCCGUGAGUUCCUGGUGGGCAUUGUGGUGGAGAAUGAGGCUGGUCGCUGCCAGAUCAGUGAGCUGAAGCAGGUGGAAGGCGAGGCUUCCUGCAGCAGCCGCAAAGGGAAGCUGAUCUUCUUCUAUGAAUGGAACAUCAAACUGGGCUGGAAAGGUAUAAUUAAAGAAUCUGGUGUGAAGCACAAGGGAUUGAUUGAAAUACCCAACCUUUCUGAAGAAAAUGAAGUAGAUGACACUGAGGUGAACGUGAGUAAAAAGAAAGGAGACGGGGAUAUACUGAAGGAUCUUAUGAAAACCGCAGGCACCGCCAAGGUCAGGGAGGCCCUUGGAGAUUACCUGAAGGCACUAAAGACGGAAUUUACAAUGGGAAUGAUUUUACCAACAAAAGCCACAGCAGCGCAGGAACCAACUAUUAAAAGGAAACUGAGUGAGAAUACCUUGCAGACUCAGGUGCCCCUUGGUGUGAGGAUUCCCACUGUAGCACUGCACAUGAAGGAACUGUUCGACGCAGCCGUAGAGCAGCUGUACAGCAUCUUCACUGUCAAAGAUUUGGUACAAAAAUUUUCUAAAUCUCCUGCCAUAUUAGAAGCUGAAAAGGGAGGGAAAUUCCAAAUGUUUGAUGGGAACAUCACCGGUGAAUAUAUAGAACUGUUAACAAAUGAAAAGAUCGUCAUGAAAUGGAGAUGCAGGAACUGGCCAGAAGAACACUAUGCAACAGUUGUACUGAAUUUUGUGCCUGCUCUAGGGCAAACAGAAUUACAAUUGGACUGUAGAGGAGUUCCUGUCUGUAAAGAAGAGAAUAUGAAAUUCUGCUGGCAGAAACAGCAUUUUGAAGAAAUAAAAGGUUUACUGCAGCUGACCACUCUAAAUGGUUGAAUUACAAGAUUUUAUAGGGGCAUUACUUUUUGUAAGCAGAAAAAGUGUCAUUACUUCUUCCCUAUUAUCUUUUUUAAAAGAAAACAACACUCCUUAAUUUAUAGUGGGUGAAAUCCAUGAACUUUUACAGAAUUUAAAGCACUGUUUGAAUCUUUCCUAUGAUUAGACUCUGCAUUGAGUUAGAAGCAGCAAGCGACCUAAAAUUAAGUAUUUAACCUUACCUCUGAUAGAUAGUCCUCUGAGACAAGACUGAGUCCCUGAGUACAGAUAGUUGAAGUUUCCCAACCUAAAGCUUAUCCUUGCAGCAAGCUUACU